AUGCUAGUAUUCUGGUUACGUAUCUUGGUUACAAUGUCAAUCCGCAACACUGUCGUCGCUGACAACACCGCUUCUGCUUCGUCACAGGGCGUCGCGGGCCAAACGACUGGUCUCAAUGCCGUCCCCGAUGAUAUCCACCACCUCAUUCUCUCCGAUAUCGCGGACACAUCACCCGCAGACCUACUCAAUGUGGCACAGUCUUCUGAAGUCUUGCACGAUGCGGCAUUGCCAUACAUAUACCGCAACAUCAUCUUGAAUGGAGAGUCAACGGCAUACAAGGCACUUGUGGAGCAGCUCUCCAAGGAUGAACACAGUGAUCUCACGAAGCAUAUUCGCAGCAUCACCAUCAAGGACGAGGUACCCUCUGAAGACCUAAUUACGAUACUCAACAAGAUUUCGCGACAUAAAAAUCUCCGAUCACUCAAUUGGGAGACCUCCGCGCACAUACCUCCGGCAGUGUACGACACGAUCCACGCGAUGUCGCCGAAGCCCGAGAUACGCGUCGUUGUCGUGGAUCGGAAGACGGCAAAGACUAUUCCACAUCGUCAGAUCGACAUGAAGCUCCUGUCAUCUCCACUUCUUGUCAGCUUGACCUACGAGGUAUACAUGCAGGGCUUCGCUCCCGAGCACCCUUGCCGAUCCGAGUGGCCCCGGCUCUCCCAGGCAUUGGCAACUGGCGGAAACGUUAGAUCCCUUCGGCUUCAAGUUUUGCAAGACGGCCACAACCUUUUCACACCCGAUACGGAGCCGGCGAAGAUACCGCGCCUCGAUCUCACCACAGGUAUGCGCCUCCCUCUACUGGAGGAAAUGACUCUUCAGACGUUGAGAUACCACGGCCAGACGGCCUAUCUCUGGGAUCCCGACUAUUGUCGCAUGCUCCGCGAUGCUAUCGACCCUUCCCGACUGCGUAAGCUUGACUUCGGCGGCGAACAUCCCGAGAACUUCUUCACUUGCUUCACGGGGCUUUGCCCCAAGCUAAAAGUAUUGAGUUUUGGGAUAUGGGACGGUGAUACAACGCCUGCGAAGCGGUUCAUUCAGUCGAUCGAUGGACUUGAGCAUCUCGAUCUGUCACGAGCGCAAGCGGGUAUAGACAACCUUUGGCCCGCUCUUGAGCAGCACAAGGAUACACUCGAGACACUGAUCCUUGGGCCGACAUUCGAAGCAUACUGCCACAAGGUUGUCAUGCCUUUCAGCCGUCUGAAGGACAUCGCGCGGACAUUCCCUAGGCUCAAGCAUCUAGGCUGGGACGCACCCUGCGCCCGCAACAUCGACCCGCAACAUCUCGUCGCCCUAUUAGGCAUGAAUCUCACGAAGCUCGAUCUCUGGCUGCACAUUCCCCAGGAAGCAAACGACUACAGCGAAAAGCUCGUACAGGAUAUCUGGGGCAACAUCCCCCACCCCGAACUUAACAAAGAGAGUACUGUCGCAUCUGCGACCGGUAUUGCAGAUCGUCUUUUGGGGUCGGGGCAAGGCGCGUUCAAGUGGCUUACUCUUCAUCUCUCGCGAGAGGGGGCUUCGGAUCGCUGCCAGCCGUACAUGAUGUACUCGAAGCUUCAGCUCAGGCGGAAAGGAAGUGGAGAUCAGGUGCGAGGAGAAAAGUGGGAUGUGCGUGCGAGCGAUGAGCCACUCACGAUCCCCGGAAUGCAUCGCCAUCCUAUCCGCGAAGGCACCCCUCAAAUGAGAGAGAUCGCAAUCAUCAGGCUCAUGGUUGGCUCGUCUUACCUUGGGUCAUACGUGGACCAUGGAAAGGCGGUGGGUGUCGGAUGUUUGGUAGCGAACGUCGCAGUCGCCAAUCUGCUUGAAAAGCUUUGCACCCAACAUAUUCGUCAGUCGCAUCUCUUAUCUCUCCUCACAGCACUCGCAACGAUGAACGAAUAUGAGUUGGAACAACAGACCGAUGAACAGGAGGUAGUAGUCGUCGAUCAAACCCCCACACGAGAGCAGCGUGCGGCUGCACGCCGCUUCGAAAAGUUCGAAAGAAGAGCCAUAAGACGACGCAUAGCCCAUCUCGACCAACUGCUCGCACGCGCUCGCGAGAAGGCAUACGCGGCACAUUACCGCGCGGCUGAUCUGAGUAAACAAGUCGAAGAAGAACGGCCAUCCCUCAUCGAGGCCUUGCUCCCAUACGAAAAGCGCAAAGCAGCAAGAUCGAAACAAAGAGCCAGAACGCACCACACGCAGCUUCUAGCCCGGUUCUUCCGCCUGCCGAGAGAGAUCCGCGACCUGGUAUACCACCAUGCCUGGAGCGGCACGAUGAUAUCCUUCUACCAGGAGCUAACUUGGAACUUCGCGGAGCGGGAUACGAUCCCCUUUGGCCCAAUCAUCACGGCUGAGUAUGAAUCGACUGGGGCGUACAAGGCUAGCCUAAUACAGCUACCGCCAUGGGAUCUUGCAUUACUAGAGGACGGAGACACCUGCAAGGGACCUAGACACGCACAAGGGUACUCGUGGAUAUGGACGAGCCGCCAGAUUUUCUCAGAGUCUACGGAGCAGUUUUAUCGCUACACCCAGUUCACACGACCAGUGCGGGCUGAGCGUCACUACUAUCACACGUGCGCGCAUACCGUUCCAAGACGCAAAUUAUACGAGUCGGCGUACGCCUUCCCGAAUAUCCUCCAGGCACGCCACGUAUUUCUCGACGUGGGAUACGAAAUAUACCUUGAGGUCGCCAACGAAGGUAUAUCGGCCUCGAUUCUGGAACUCCUGGCUAUGGCGGAAAAGGGUGAAGAGAAGAAGGCGCUGCAGGUGAGUUGGAUACGGAAUAUGGCGGACACACAUUCUUUUCAUCUUAAGGAUUUGGUGCCGGCAAGCACGCCUCACUCUAUGGCUAGUAGAGCGUUUGAGGAGCUGGUGUUGAAGGAUUUGGAGAGGGUGGGCUGGGAGAUUGCGGUUGAUGAGCGGGAAACGUAA